UACAAAGACAAUUCAUAGAUAGAUUGAUAAUUUCUUAAUAAGUUAGCAGUGAUUGUAGGUCGUUGCUAGUAAUGGUUAGAGAAAUUAUUAAUUUAAAUAUUUAAUCGUGUGCGAUAAACUCUGUGAAUGGAUUAGAAAUUUUAGCAACGGUAGCCAGUGCGACACCUAAGUCGUUAGCAUUGUUAAUGUCGCCAUGAUACAUCGUUCCGCUUUGUAGUAAUUGAAUGUAAUAGGACACUUAAUAGUAUUGUAUGAUAUUAAUAGAAUAAGACAUCAUGUCAGAAGCAACAUUUGUAAAACCAGUCGUUGACAAUAAUGAUUAUAAAAACGAACCUGUUAACUAUACGGCUGAAAUUAGACAGAUGAUGCAUGGCUUUGGAGAUCAUUCAGAACCUUUAUUGGAAACGGCAAAAAUUAUCGAAGAUGUUGUAUUAAAUCAAAUGAGAGCAAUUAUUCAUAAAGCUUGUGAAGUUGCUGAUUUGAGAGAAAGCCAGUCUGUGACUGCGGAAGAUUUCUUAUUUCUGUUGCGAAAAGACCGGAUUAAGUUACAGCGACUUGUUAAUUAUCUAAAAUUGAAGGAGUUUAAAGCAUCGAUAUGUAAACCACUGGAAUCAGAUUCUGUAGACAGUUUAACAGAUCCUAAUAAAUCAGAUGAAAUUUCAAAAUUACCAUUUAUAAAGUUUUUAAAAUACAUAGACAAUACUGGUGAAUUGUUAAAUGAUAAAUCUUUAAUCGAUCACGUUAAGCGUAAAAGAUGCAUUAGAGCAGAGUUAUUAACAAGAAAAAUGGAUGAAACAAGAUAUCUAGAAUUCAGCAAAGCCAGAUGCGUUUCUUUUGCAAAUAAGAAUAGACACAAAUUUAGUGACUGGAUUGGUUCGAGUGGAGAUUUCACAAUAGCAAAAUCUGGUUACACAGUCUUAGGUUAUUUAGCGUACGAAACUGUUGCUCAAAUCGUUGAUCUUGCAUUUUUAGUACGACAAGAUCAGAAUAAAAUUCAUGGAGAUGCAAUAGAUAGACUGCGAUGUAGUUAUCCUAAUCCUAUUACAUACAAGCCAUAUCAAUACACAAAACCUGUAAUGACAAAACCAAUAACUCCAUCAGAAGUUAGCGAAGCCUUACGUCGCUACUGGUCACCUCAACUAGAAAUGACAGGACCUUUUCACCGCUGGUCAUUAAGAAAGCCACACAUGAAGUUUCUUGCUUGUUAAAUGUUGUAUUUGAGCUCCCUUGUAUAUACAAGAACAUUGGCUCAUCUUUUCGUAUUAAAUUUAUACAUUAUGAAUUUAUACAAAUGCUGAUUCUAUUUCUAUAUCAUGGUGAAAGUAAUGUGGAAACUCGAGCUUUACCCUCUGCACCACCAGUAAUACAAGUGCCAGAUUGAUUAGCAGUUGACCAAUCGCAGCACAGUGUCCCUUUGUGUCCACCUAAUUCUAAAAUUUUUGCUUGAGGACUCGGUGGCAUCUGUUGAAAUAUUUAAUCGUUAU